GAGAGUUGCCACUGUCAAAGCCGAUUACAGUUUAUCUGGUCAGUGAUUCUGUCACUGUCCACUUGAGGGUUCUCCACUUUGUGGACGAGACGCUCCCGCUUUCUCCUGCUUGAUUGUUUGCCGAGCAGCAUGGAUGUACUGUAAUGUAGCGGGACUCCGACACCUCUACCAUGAGUUCCUCUGCAGAUGCGCUCCUGUCAGCUGCCGCGCGCCACUCGGUGGGAAAGUUCUCGUUGAGAACCCCGCUUGUCGUACUUUCUUCACUUUGCUAUACCGUGUGACAAAAUGCAGAAAAGCGUCCGCUACAACGAAGGGCACGCGCUCUUUCUAUCGGCUGUAGCGCGUAAAGAGGGGACUAAGCGCGGCUAUCUGAGCAAAAAGACGGCGGAGAACAGCCGAUGGCACGAGAAGUUUUUCGCUCUCUAUCAGAAUAUAUUGUUCUACUCCGAGAACGAGCAGAGCACGAGACCCGCCGGGAUUUACCUGUUGGAAGGAUGCACCUGCGAGCGCGCGCCUGCACCCAAGACAUCUACCACUGGGAGGGAAGCGCUGGAGAAACAGCACUACUUCCUUAUCGUGUUCGGUCACGAUGGACAGAAGCCUCUGGAGCUGCGAACAGAGGAGGAGAGUGAGUGCGAUGAAUGGGUGGAAGCCAUCCAGCAGGCAAGUUACUCUGACAUCAUCAUUGAAAGAGAGGUGCUGAUGCAGAAAUACAUCCACCUUGUACAGAUAGUGGAAACGGAGAAGGUCGCCGCCAAUCAGCUGCGCACCCAGCUGGAAGAUCAGGACACAGAAAUCGAGAGGCUCAAAUCAGAGAUUGUAGCUCUGAACAAAACUAAGGAGCGAAUGCGGCCUUACCAUGUCAACCAAGAAAAUGAAGAUCCCGAUAUCAAAAAGAUCAAAAAGGUGCAGAGUUUCAUGCGGGGCUGGCUCUGUCGCAGGAAGUGGAAGAUCAUCGUUCAGGACUACAUCUGCUCUCCUCACGCUGAGAGCAUGAGGAAGAGGAACCAGAUUGUCUUCAACAUGGUGGAGGCAGAGACAGAGUAUGUCCACCAGCUGUACAUCCUGGUCAACUGUUUCCUCAGACCUCUGAGGAUGGCUGCUAGCUCCAAGAAGCCCCCCAUCAACCACGACGAUGUGAGCAGCAUCUUCCUCAACAGUGAGACCAUCAUGUUCCUACAUGAGAUUUUCCAUCAAGGCUUGAAGGCGAGGAUAGCCAACUGGCCAACUCUAGUGUUGGCUGACCUUUUUGACAUCCUACUGCCCAUGCUGAACAUCUACCAGGAGUUUGUACGUAACCAUCAGUACAGCCUGCAGGUUUUGGCCAACUGUAAGCAGAACAGAGACUUCGACAAGCUGCUGAAACAGUAUGAGUCUAACGCCGCCUGUGAGGGAAGGAUGCUCGAGACCUUCCUCACGUACCCCAUGUUCCAAAUUCCUCGAUACAUCAUCACCUUGCAUGAGUUAUUAGCACACACGCCUCAUGAGCAUGUGGAGCGCAAGAGUCUUGAAUUCGCCAAGUCCAAAUUAGAGGACCUGUCCAGAGUGAUGCAUGAUGAGGUGAGUGACACAGAAAACAUCCGGAAGAACCUGGCCAUAGAGCGGAUGAUAGUGGAGGGCUGUGACAUCCUAUUGGAUACCAGCCAGACCUUUGUCAGGCAGGGCUCUCUGAUCCAGCUGCCAUCGGUGGAGCGAGGGAAGCUUAGUAAGGUCCGUCUGGGCUCGCUCUCUCUGAAGAAGGAAGGGGAGCGGCAGUGCUUCCUUUUCACCAAACACUUCCUUGUCUGCACUCGCAGCUCUGGAGGAAAACUGCACCUUCUCAAGCAAGGUGGAGUUUUGUCCCUGAUUGACUGCACACUCAUAGAGGAACCAGAUGCCAGCGACGAGGAGUCUAAAGCUGGCGGUCAGGUAUUUGGUCAGCUGGACUUUAAGCUUGUGAUGGAGCCAUCAGACGCACCUUCAUUCACCGUGGUGUUACUGGCACCAUCGCGACAGGAGAAGGCGGCAUGGACCAGUGAUAUUAGCCAGUGUAUAGAUAAUAUCCGCUGUAAUGGCUUGAUGACCAGUGUAUUUGAGGAGAACUCUAAAGUCACUGUGCCUCAUAUGAUCAAAUCCGAUGUGCGUCUCCAUAAAGAUGAUGUUGACAUUUGCUUCAGCAAGACGCUCAACUCCUGCAAGGUACCCCAGAUCCGCUACGCCAGCGUGGAGCGACUGCUGGAGAGGCUGACCGACCUGCGCUUCCUCUCCAUAGACUUCCUCAACACCUUCCUGCACACAUACAGGAUCUUCACCACGGCAACGGUCGUCAUGGACAAACUGGCCGACAUCUACAAAAAGCCCUUCUCCUCCAUACCUAUCAGGUCCUUGGAGCUGUUCUUUGCCACCAACCAGAACAACAGAGGGGGCGAGCACAUGAACGACAAAUCUCCUCGUCUCUGCCGCAAGUUUUCCUCUCCCCCUCCUUUGUCCAUCCCGUCCCGCACUUCCUCCCCUGUCCGAACACGAAAGCUCUCCCUCCACUCCCCCAUCACUGCCAGGGUGGGAGGCCUCGACCUCACCAGUCCUCUGUCAAGCUCCAGCGUCAACCAUAACACUUCCCAGUCUUCCGCCAGCAGCCCCACAUCUGCAACCACCCCCCUAGCCCUGACACCUCAGACCCCAACUCCGACCACCUCCUCUCCUCCUCCUCCUCCUCCCUCUUCCACCUCUCCCCCACCGAACAACAACUCAAAGCCACCACAGGAACAAGGUCCUACCAUUCCCACAUCCCCAGACCAGAGUCCCUGCUCACCUGCAGAGGGGGAGGAUGUUCCAAAGAUCGACCCCUUCGGUGGAAAACUGAGACGGAGCAUCCGCAGAUCUGUGCUGGAGUCGGUGUCGCUGGAGAAAAUCAUCCCAGAGUCUCCCCAGAGCAGUGAAGCAGGAGACAUGUCUCCAAGCCGCUCCCCUUCCACACCUCGACACCUGCGCUACAGACAGCCUGGAGGGUUUUCAGAGCGUAACCUUAGCUUUGGUUUGGGCAAGCUGCGUGCGUAUCACUCGUCCAUUCGCUCAAUGGGUAACGUAGAGUUCCUGGGACAGGGCUGGAUGAAGGUGGAUAAGACAGAGAGGACACCAUACAUCAUGAAAACUACUCAACACUUCAAUGAUAUGAGCAACCUGGUGGCAUCCCAGAUUAUGACCCACACUGAUGUGGGCUCCAGGGCCAACUCCAUAGAGAAGUGGGUCGCUGUGGCCGACAUCUGCCGCUGUCUCAACAACUACAACGGAGUCCUGGAGAUCACAUCUGCACUCAACCGCAGCGCCAUCUACCGUCUGAAGAAGACCUGGGCUAAAAUCAGCAAACAGACUAAAGCACUGAUGGACAAACUACAGAAGACUGUGUCAUCUGAGGGAAGGUUUAAAAAUCUGAGGGAGACCCUGAAAAACUGCAACCCUCCAAGUGUGCCAUACCUGGGAAUGUAUCUCACAGAUCUGGCCUUUAUUGAGGAGGGGACACCCAACUUCACAGACGAAGGUCUUGUUAACUUCUCCAAAAUGAGGAUGAUAUCCCACAUCAUCCGAGAGAUCCGUCAGUUUCAGCAGACUCCUUACAGAAUAGAGCAUCAAGCCAAGGUGACCCAGUACCUGCUAGAUAAGACUCUCAUCAUGGAUGAAGACACACUCUACGAUCUCUCGCUGAAGAUCGAGCCCAGGCUCCCUGCCUGAGCUACAGCUGUUUGUGGCCAGUGGGAGCCUGCCAGACCUGGACCCCCCGAGGGCAACACGCCCACGUUAUCUCAUCAAUCAGGAGGAAAUUGGAGAGAUUUGAGAGCAGCAUAGAAAUGAAGAUAAGAGCGAUACUGACUGAAGUGAGAGAUAUCUUUAGAGUCAAGUAUGACGGUUGGACGGUUGGUUUUUUCCAAGGGACUGAGGGAGCAUGAGAAGGUUGUGGAGUUAUAAUCUCCAAGGAAAAGAGGAGGAAAGGUUUUAGUUGCACUGUGUGAGGGUUUUGAGAAAAUGUCGCUGUGUGCGCUCAUCAUUCCUCAGUGGAGCAUGUGGUGCGCAUGACAUCACACUUCCUCAGACAGCCUGAGAGUGCAGGAAAGGCUGAGAGCAUGGAGUGUAGGAUGAGUGUAAUACAGUGGAUGUAACAGAGAUGUAGCAUAUACAGAUAGUGUGUCAGAGAGAUGUCUGAGCUCGUGUCUCUGUGCUGUUGUCUGUGUUCUGUUGCCUGCGCAUUUCCGUGCCAUGUCCUGGAGCAUAAGCCCCAAAAAAAUGCUUUAUGUCAUGAUGGUCACUGCAUAAAACUUGCAUGAUUUCAGCUUGGGAUGUAACUGUCUAAAUGGCCUUCAACCUGACCCCUGACCCUCAGCUUAGUAUGCUUCACUCUAACCAAGGUGACUCUAAGCCACUAUGCAUCCUCAGUGGGCUAGGUAUGAAAAGAUGCCUUUAAGCCUUUAAAUAUAUUGUGGAAAUAUACUAUAAUUUGGAUAAUUUUAAAUAGGAAUUUGAUUUAUUUUUGAUGAAGUGGCUAAUGUUUCCAUUGUAGAAAAACUGAAUUCUGUAUUUGUCUAUAGUAGGUUUUUGUCUAAAGCCCUCCAUUUACAAUUGAAAGCUCUUUAAAAAAAAUUUCCUCAUGAAUGAUACGAAAUUAAAACAUUUAUCAGUGCCUUCCACUAGUGUAGGUCAAUUUCCCCACAAUGUUUUCUUAAGAAAAUAGGUAAUGUCGACUAAACAGUAGCAUGUUUGUGUAAACACAGUAAAGUCAUUUCAGAAAAUAUCUCUCUAGUGUUUAAACAUUGUAAUAACCGACCCAAAGCUUUGGUAUGUGUGCACUUUGAUUUCUUUAGCUUUUACAAAUUGUCAGAUACUGACGUGUGUAGUUAGUCCUAGUGUGUAACUCUUGGAUGUAAGCUGGGACCGUUUUUGCACUCUCUGAGAUGUAGCUUCGCUUGAGUGACAGUAUGAUCGUUAUUUACCAUGCUAUUUAUUUCAUCAGAUAAUGUAUUUAUGCUAUUUUGUAUAAAGUGACUCCACACCUAUCAUAUGAUUGAUGACAAAUUGUUUUGCUGUGAAUAUUAAUUUAUCGUUGUAGUUUUUUGUCUAUCUUGCUUUGAUGUUGAAAUCUAGUUUUGCAUCCCAGCCUCUUGUUUUGCAAGAUAUCUGUUUAACUUUAUUCUGAAGAAAAAAAACGAUGUCUUUUGAACGUUAAAAAGAUGUAGCAUUUGAAUAACCAGAAUGUUUUCUGUAUUGCUGAUAUGAUCAACAUAGUUGUCCUGCAUGUACACAACAGCUGCAUGUUGUGCAUGUCUAACUGGACGCUCCCUCUGCUUCUCUAUUUUAAUAUUGUCUCUGUAUCUGUCAGGAGGCUCAGUUUAAAGGCAUAGAAAUACUAUUUUGUCCAUCAAAUCUGGCACAUUUCUCUCUUAGUGUAGCUUAUGACAUCACAUCUUUCAGCUCGAGUCAUCUGCCAAUCAGUCUAUCGUUAUGGAGUAGCAGUGUUGGAAGUGAUGCACUCCUCAGUAAAAAAAUAUUCAUCCAACAAUAACCUUGUUCCAGAUUGAUUAAAGAAAAUGUUUAGAGGCUUUGCUUUAAAAAAACACAACCUUUUUUUGCACUGCAUCUGUAUUUCUAAGUGUUUGUUUAACAUACAGGAUGCCACAUUUGUAUUGUAUUUUCAUUUUUGUGUAUUUGUUUUCAUUGUUCGCGGUGCAGGAGAAAUAAAUUCAACAUGCCUUAUA